AUGGUUCGUCUCUUUGAUUUCAAGUCAGACAAGCACUUCGUUGCUUCCUCUGACAAAACUAACAUUCAUGUAUACGAGCUCACCAACCCCAACAUCCAUCCUUCCCGCAUCCGAAAGACUCAUUGGAGGGAAGUCGCCAACAUCACUCCUGCUCCUGAUCACCAUGACGGCGGUGAAGACGAUGAGGACCAAAGCGAUCCCGACGAAGAUGAUGCAGCAGCAGAUGGAGAGGAGGAGUCCUACAACGGGUUGAUGUUCUUCGAUGGUCACGGGAAGAUCGAGGGACAAGAGGCGUUGACCAAGCUAGCCCAACACCUCACUCGACUGCGAUUGAUAGUGAGCCCCCAAGGGCACAGCUAUCAAGAUGUCUCCGAAUUGGGAGAACACAAAGAGUUCGGGAUUCACUAUCUUCGAUUGAAUGAUCUCUUCAAUUGGACGGAUCACGGGGUCAGCAUGGCGGGCGUUACUAUGUGGCGACGCCUCGUGUUAAAGUAUAUCAUACCGAAAAGGGAGAAGCGAGCGGUGAUGAACGGAGCGGUGAGCAAGGAUAAGUACGAGGAGUUAAAAAAGAUGGUGAGCAGUAAGGAUAAGGAGUUGGGAAAGCUGAGGGAGGAGAUGGAGGAACAAGACAGGGAGAUACAACUGCUAAAAGAAGAGAAGGAGGAUGCAAGUGAGCAACACGAGGCGGAGCUACGGGAGUUGGAAAAGGAAAAGGACGAGGAGUUGAGAAUAUUGUUGAAGAAGAAAGAUGAUGAGUUAAAAAUACUGAAAAAGAGGAAGGAUAAGGAGAUACAAACGUUAAAGGAAGAGAGGGUGGACCCAAGUGAACAACAGCAGGAGAAGCUGCGAGAGUUGGAAAAGAAAAAGGACGAGGAGCUGAGAGAGAUGAUGAAGAGGAAAGGUGACGAGUUGCAAAUGCUGGAGAAGAGGAAGGACGAGGAGUUAAAGAAAAAGAAUGACGAAUUGAAGAUGUUGAACGUAGAAAAGGAUGACGGAGCAAAGCUGAUCAAAGAGAAGGACGAGGAAUUAAAAACAUUGAGGGACCAAGUGGAGAAUUUGAUCAGAAAGGCUAAUAAGGGAGGUGAAGCUGCAACUGAUGCAACUGCAAUGGAAGGGAAAACACUGGUGAAUAGUGAUGAAUGGCACAUGUUGAAGAAAGAUAAGGAAGCACUGCAGAAGUCGAUGAACGAGAAGGACGUGGAAUCCGGAAAACUAAGGAAAGAGAAGGAAGAUCUGACGAUAGCAAAUGCAGCCGAAACGCGAAAGCUAAAGGACCAACUGUUGCAGCUUCAAGAGCAAGAGCAACGUCGCAACCAACCAUGGGCGCUGACAUACGCGACACGGUACCUCAGCGAGUACACGGUCGAUCUACGCACCAGACGUCCCGUGCCACACGAUACAUGGCGCAAUGCCAAAAUCGAGGUACCACGUGAUCAUUAUUAUGUUUAUGAAUCAAAUACCACGGCGACCUCCUCAACGUUCCCAAUCAUAAAUUGGAUCGUGGUGAAUGAAGAACCGAAAGACUGGCCGCCUCCCCCUAAGAUUGGUGUACUCUGUCAGCCUGGCCAAUUCGACAAAAGCAACUGGUGGUUUGUGAAGACAUUCCACCCAGACGGCCGCUUGGCGAUGAUGGCUUAUUACGACGGCAGUCAGACUUCUUAUACCAACCCCAACUAUCAAUACCCAAUCCGACUUGCCUUUCCAAUGAACUCUAAACUUUACACAACUACACCCUUCUUCCUGAUUCCGUUAAAUGGCGUAAACAAGCUUGCUUUCAGCUACAGGGACUAG